AUGAAUCUCAUUCAAGUGCGUCGAUGUGGCAAUGUGCAUUGCCUUUCUCAUCAACAACAGCAGAGUAUUGAUAAUACGAUGAUAUUUACACGACCAGUUUAUCAUGUUGAUGCAACUAUAUUAUGUCAUUUAAUACAACAAGUCGAAACAAAACGUUUAUCCAAAUCGUUUGGGCAACUUUUGUACCUGACAUCGAUCAGUCGAACUGAAGUUGACCGUCAAGUGUGUCCAAUAAAUAGUUGUAAUCAUCAGCAACGAAGUGUAUUCUUACUAGCGAAUAUUCCCGAUUUAAUUUCGGUUGCAAUCGAUUGGAAUACCUCGCAUUUGACUACAAGUGAUGUCGAAGAUUUAGUUUCAACAAUUGAUUCUUUCGUGUAUCUUCGUGAGCUAUUUUAUGAUGUCACAAUAAAUGAAGCUCGUAUUAAACAACUGAAUUUAAUUGGUCUAAUUUGUUUCUAUGGUGGAAAUGUUGAAGUGUUUUUCUCCUACGAUCCAACAACAUCGAAGUGGUUGUUUUGUUUUGAUGGAAAUAUUGUCGUUUCCGCCGAUUGGAAUGCCGUCCAACGAAAAUGUAUUGACUUUCACUUACAACCUUUUCUUCUCAUCUAUGCCAAUCCUGAUCGUGAUCCAGUCGACAUCAGUCAGUUACUCAAACGAACGGUGAUUCAAACGAAAAACAAUCAUUUUAUACCUGACGAAAGAAGAUUAGAACAAACUAUGGUAUUAAACAAUAAGAAAACUGCGCAAAUAACCACCAAACCAGACUAUUGUCAACAACAAGCGAAUUCAGCCGAAAAUCUCCAGAAGAUAUCGUCAUUUGCAACAUUGAAUUCGUCAAUGUUGUUUAUGCCAAAACCGACGGUUACUACAUCUUAUAUUAAUCAAGAAACAGUCGUUAAAGUCAUGCAACAGCAAUUAUUAAAGAAAGAAACCUUAUCAGACACAACGUCCCUCUCGUCUUCGACGGCAUCGUCACCGAUUGUUCACGUUCGACACCGAAUGGGACCGUCAAUGCAAUCACGUGAAGAUGCAUCAUCAAGUGGAGAUUCAUCGCGCGAUUCGGGUUUAAGUAGUGGCAUUAAUGAUGAGUCAAGUGAAGGAAGCCCAAGAGAUAGUUUAAGUGAACACGAACCAACUGUCAUCGAUGGUUUAAUCAAACAAACCGAACAAAUGAUGAAUGAUGAUCAUCAUCUGGACAUAUCCUUUGCAACAAUCGAACAUUUCUUCGAAGAAUCUGUAAGACACGAAACUGCAACUAAUUAUUCGUCUGCAGUUGAAUCUUGUCAACAAGCAUUGAUACUGGUUGAACAGAUUCUCAAUCUUAACCAUCAUCACCAGCAUGGCAUAUCAAUUUAUGCUCGUACAAAGAAGAACAGUUUAUUGUUACGAAUACGUUCAUUGCAAAAACGACAGAUCGAUGAACAAGAACACCUCUCGCGUUCAUCGUCAUCGUCACUAUCCACGUUUAAGCCAGUUGAUCGAACUGCAAAGAAAAACGAAAAUAUCUAUGAUAAUAAUGUUUCCAAAUCGACGUCGAUCCUUUCGUCAACAACGAAAACGACUCGUCCAAAAAAGAAUGUGAAAUUCUCUGAUAACGUCGCAUUAAUUGUGCCAACAUCCGAUGAUACAGAUGAACCACCUUCUGAACAUUUGAUUCAUUCAUUUCUAAGAAAAAUUCAACAACAACAACAACAACAACAUCAGUCCCAGAUAACAGCAACAACAGCGUCUGAUUCCGAUUCCGAUACACCUUCCUCGUCAAAUGAUAUUCCGAUUGGUUUAAGUGAAUGCUCACUCUGUCAUAAACGUUGCUCGAAGAAUAAUCAAAUUGGAACAUAUUGUUCAAACUGUCAUUAUUAUAUGCAACGAUUUCAGCCUACUACGUCUUAA